AUGGCCCGUGAGCGAUCGCCCCGCAGGGUGCCAGCGGCCGAGGACCCUGUGCAAGUCACGACGCUGAGGCCCGGCGAUGGCAAGACCUUCCCAAAGCAGGGCGACCAGCUGGUGAUGCACUACGCGGGGAGCCUGGACGUCACACAUCCCAAGGAAAAGCCUAAGGUCUUCGACUCCUCCUACAGCCGGAACAAGCCUUUCCAGUUCAGGAUCGGCGUGGGGGAGGUCAUCCGCGGCUGGGACGAGGCCAUCCUGAAGAUGUCGCUGGGCGAAAAGGCGUCGCUGCGGAUCGGCUCCCAGAAAGCCUUCGGAAAGGAAGGCUCCGGCCGUGUCCCGCCCAACUCGGACUUGAAUUAUGAGGUGGAGCUGCUCAGGAUUAACUGA